AUGGCAAUGGCAAGACAACGAUUUUUGUUACUCUUUCUGGCCACCAUUGUCAUUGCUAGUGCAACAAGUUCAGUCAAUUCUGCUUCUGCUGAUUGUUCACCUCCUCCUUCAUACUCUCCAAAGGCUUCUCCUCCUCUUCCAUGGGCCCUAACAUCACCACCCGCAAUUAGUAAAGCCUCACAAGCUUCUCCUGUUGCAGCUCCUGCUUCCCCCAUGCCAUGGUUAUGGCCUCUACAACCAACCCCGGAAAUAUCCUACACUAUUACACCAUCAUCGUCUCCAACGCCUCCCUCCCCAGCCCCAUUUGCACCUACAUCGGCCCCUGCACCGCCCUCUCGUGGCAUCAAAGGGGCCUAUUGGCCUUCAGGACAAGCCGGCACACUCCCUCCCUCGAUGAUCCCUACUUCUUACUUCACUCACAUCUUCUAUGCAUUUGUGCUGCUUGAUUCCACAAGUUACCAAGUUUCCAUCACCCAAACGGACCACUGGGUGAUGCUGAACUUCACCAGCACCCUCCACGCCAAAAAGCCACCUGCAAAAGCCAUUCUGUCAAUUGGAGGGGCCAGUGCAAGUGCUGACACUUUCUCCAGUAUGGUAAGCAAUCUCGAUAAUCGAGCAGCAUUCAUCAAGUCCACUAUUGAUGUAGCUAGAAAGUAUGGUUUUGAUGGCCUUGAUCUUGACUGGGAAUUCCCAAACACACCACAAGACAUGUCAAAUCUCUUGGUGCUCUUCGAGGAAUGGCGUUCUGCAGUUAAUAUGGAGUCAAUUGUGUCUGGCAAGGCUCAAAUUCUUUUAUCUGCAGCAGUUUACUUUUCUUCCAACAUAUCUCUUUUAGGCGUCCCCCGGACUUAUCCAGGAGACGCCAUUAGAAAUUAUGCCGAUUUUGUGAACCCAAUGUGCUAUGAUUAUCAUGGCGCUUGGAACACAUCUGUCACUGGAGCUCAUGCAUUGCUCUACGACAAGUCCAGCAAUCUGAGCACCAGCUAUGGAAUCUCUACAUGGAAAAACAAUGGCGUUCCAUCAAACAAGUUGGUCAUGGGCAUGCCAAUGUAUGGAAGAACAUGGGAAUUGAAGGACCCGAAUCACCACGGAAUUGGAGAUCCUGCUGUUGGGAUUGGUCCUGGCAAUCUAGGGGUCAUGACCUACAGUGAAAUUGUGGAUUUUAAUCUGGGACACAAUGCCACUGAAGUGUUUGAUGAAGAGACUGUGUCAACAUACUCUUAUGGUGGAAAAAAUUGGACUGGGUAUGAUGAUACAAGAUCAAUCACAGACAAGGUUAAAUUUGCCAAAGCUCAGGGUCUUGGUGGGUAUUUUUUCUGGGCACUUGGAUUUGACAAGAACUGGACCCUCUCCAGGGCAGACUAA